UUCACCCAGACCGGAGGAUGAUCCCCGGGGCCCCCGGCACGACCACCACCAUGCUGCCCGCCUCCGAGGCUGCCAAAAUCUACCAGACCAACUACGUGCGGAACUCCCGCGCCAUCGGCGUCCUCUGGGCCAUCUUCACCAUCCUCUUCGCCAUCGUCAACGUGGUGUGCUUCAUCCAGCCGUACUGGAUCGGCGACGGCACGGACACCCCGCAGGCGGGCUACUUCGGUCUGUUCCACUACUGCAUCGGGAACGGGCUGUCCCGGGACCUGACCUGCCAGGGCAGCUUCACCGAGUUCAGCACCAUCCCCUCCGGUGCGUUCAAGGCCGCCUCCUUCUUCAUCGGCAUGUCCAUGGCGCUGGUCCUCUCCUGCAUCGGCUGCUUCGCGCUCUUCUUCUUAUGCAGCACCGGCACCGUGUACAAGAUCUGCGGCUGGAUGCAGCUGGCUGCAGGCACCUGCCUGAUCCUGGGCUGCAUGAUCUACCCGGACGGCUGGGACAGCGACGAGGUGAAGCGGAUGUGCGGCGAGCAGACGGACAAGUACACGCUGGGGGCGUGCUCGGUGCGCUGGGCCUACAUCCUGGCCAUCAUGGGCAUCCUGGACGCCCUCAUCCUCUCCUUCCUGGCCUUCGUCCUGGGGAACCGUCAGGACGGCCUGAUGUCCGAGGAGCUCCUGGGAGACGGUUCGAUCAGAGAUCCGUCCUCUCGCCCUGCAGGUCUCGCCGCCCGGGCGUGACGUCACUUCCCGAUCCGGCUUCCCUCUCGCGGCGGAGCUGAUGUCUCGGAUCGGAGGGGAGGAUUGAGAGGGGGUCCGUGAAGGAGGGCCGCACAACCUCGGAGGGAGACCAGGACGCUGCUUGCUCUGCUUGCAGGACUUUUAAAGACUUUCUCAUCAAGGCAACAAACUCCCCAGAGGGCUGGUUUGACCUCUGACCCGACUGCACUGUUUUGUUACAGCUGAAUGUUUGAUGUGACAGAUUCAAAUGUUGUGAAUAGUAAGUUCUGCUCAAAACAUGUGCUAAAUAGGAGGAGAAUAUAAAUUGAAGUCAAAUAAUCUGUGUUUUAGCUGUGUGUGGAUUUGCGGUGUACUCUGUCCUGACUUUGAAAUGUCCUGAUGCAUUAUUAGUGUGCGUGCCGAGUACAUAGUGAUCCGACAGUGUUGUGCUAACGGGGGGGGGGGAGUCGUGCCCUGUCGUGCUUCUAAAAGAGAUUUAUACUACAUUUCAACAAAGCAUUACAACAGCAAAAACACUUUGUUUUGAACCCUUUUUUACAUACAUGUGAUCUGAAGUUAUAAUGUGGAUUCAAAGUGUGAGAUGUAUUAAAGAAAUGAACACAUUUACUGAGGAAUGUGUGCAAAACGGUUUUAAAGGGUUCCCUUCUUUUAAAAUGUCGAAUAACUCACUUCGUAACUUGUCCACUUGCCUUCCUCUAUA